UAAACGGAGUGCAGUUUACAGUCGGGCGUGAAAGGUGAAUGAUGCGAGUUGACGUGUAAAAAUAAUUUGUUACGGAAAACUAAUUGUUGCAUGUAGUUAUAGUUGUUGUGUACGGUCUUGAACGAGCGGGCAACCAUGGACGAAUUUGUGUCCAACACGCUUAAGGCGUGGAAGUUACAAAAUCUUAUCGACACUUUCAAAGAUCAAGAGGUCGACGAAGAAUCUUUCGGAUUUCUGACCCCGGAGUUAAUAACUGAAUUGAUACCGAAAAUAGGGAAGCGUGCGAUCUUCAUAGCGCGUUACACAGACUUCAAAAGACAACUCGAAACGGGCCUCAAACUGUGCUCGACCUCUACCCAAACAGAACCGUUAUUGGAAGUGCCACCGAUUACGCCAUCGGAUACCUCGAAAAAGCCACGACUGAAUCCUUCCCCCAGGGAUGAACCUUCGCCGGUAAGCUCUAUAAGCACCCUGAGCUGUUCCCGCAGAUCGACACCAAAGGUUGAGGAGCCUGAAACAACUAAUCCUAGAUUGACGGUUUUUAAUGAGUCAUCUUCCUACGAAAUAUGCAUCAAAGAGGAACUCCAGGACGAAGAAAUUUUAGUGGCAGACGAAUCGAUUGAAGAUGAGCCCGAAACCGAUCCUCUUCCGGAUCAGGAAAUUUCAAUCAUCGAGCAAACAUCGGACAAGAAUAGUUCCAACGAAAUACUGGAAGUCACAGAAUGUUAUGCACCAUCACCCAAACGAUUCAAAUGCAACCCGGUCGAAGUAAAAGGCAUCAAUGAUCCCACUAGACCUAGGGCAGACCGUCUGCGGGACCUUCUGUUGGCUACUCGGAAAACCCGAUCGUUGGUCGGCCUGAACGUCCUUACGAAAAGCCAACGACUGGACGUUUGCGGCGUGCUGAUCCACUAUCUGGACCAAAUUCGUUCCGGAAAAAAACGAAUACCAACGUCGGAUUUCUUCUACUGGGCUCAGGCCAUUGGUGAACUGUUCUCCGGGGAGGACCCCCUUUUCUAUGUCGGCUAUCGGGACGAUAACUGCCGGGAGGGCAGAACAGGGAAACUUCACCAGCAGUAUAGUUACUUUCAGCGCCGCCGCAGGGCUAAACAAUCGCAAAAGAAAUCGACGCCAAACAGCAGCGGUAGUGAACCGAUGGUUACUCUGGGAGAAUCCUUCGAAGAGUAUUCGAUGGAGGGUUUCACAGUUUCCACUAGUGAUCCAAUGCUGCAGCAAACAAUCGCCGAGUUAAACGAGCUUUUUGGAUCGUGCUUUUUACUGAAGGAUUUGGCCAAAGCAAAGGUUUUGUAUGGGACCCAGAGGAAUGAUUUGACCGCUAACGUAGUGGAUUACCUGAUGGAAAAAUACGGUGGACCAAUAUCGUCGGAACAUUUUGAGCUGUGGGCCCGGGCGAUUGGGACGGUUUUCCCGCAGGAAAACGUUGGUACCUAUUUUCGGCGAAACCCGAUGGCACCGGGUCGAACCUACGGUAAACUGGUCGAUCGGUAUGGCUACAUGAAACGGAAAAAUGGACAUAAGUAUGGCUUUGGGCAGAAAAACCGGGGAAGAAGAAAGUCAGCGUUGAUGGUGGAAACCAAAGUCCUGUGGGACAAUAAUCCUCAAACCGCAACAGAAUGGCCGGAAGAUGUUAAACAAGCAAAUAUGUAGAUGUAAUUGGACGGUUGAUGAAAUGCUAUCGAUCAAAUAAAUUUUAUUUAACUGUUAACUGUA